CCAAGAAUAAUGCGUUUUUUUUUUUUUUUUUUUUCAGUGGUGGUUAUAGUUCGAGCUAACCACAAGAGCGGCCACUGCUGAUUUCGCUUUUUUUCCCCCUCGGCAGCAGCUACAGCUUCUUGACGGACUUCGUUGAGCUCGUGCAUGCUAGUCCGUCCUCGCGCAGUCGCAAGAAGCAAGUGGGUGACAUGGCAACCGGAGGCACUCCUUUAGAUGACACUGCUGAAGAGCUGCACAACUGGACUGUGACCAAUGGCAGUCUGGAAGAUAGGCUGAACAAUAUGGAUUGGGGUGUACAGCAGAAAAAAGCCAACCGAUCUUCAGAGAAGAACAAGAAAAAGCUGACUGCUGCAGUGGUGGAGAGUCGUCUGACUAACGAUAUUUUGCCAGAGUCCACACCGGGAGCGGGCCGCAGAAAAGCACGCRCUCCUCAUUCUUUCUCCCACAUCAAAUACACUACUCAGAUGUCCGUCCCAGAUCAGGCUGAGCUUGACAAGAUCCGUCAGAGGAUAAAUUUUACAGAUCUGGAUGAGAGGAGCAUCGGCAGCGACUCCCAGGGCCGCGUCACAGCCGCCAACAACCAGCGGCAGUUAGCUGGAGUGAACAAGAAGCCCCACAACUACCUGCCUCUACAUGUAAACACUAACAAAAGCAAAGAGCUGCUCCAUCCCUCAGCCUCUGCCCCAACCACCCCAGCUACCACCAAGGAAAUCAAGAAGCAGAGCCCAGGACUCAGGGUUUCACUGACCCCCGUGGUUCCUGCUAAGGAGUCUCCCAGACUCGGCCGAGGUGCUGCAGAGAGAGGUCCCUUAUUGCAGAGAGAGCAGGGGAGACGAGAGCCGAGAUUAGACAGCAGCCAGGUGGUGAGCAAGCUGUUACAGAUUCGGGACUACAUCAGUAAGGCCAGGUCCAUGAGGGAUGAUCUGGUGGAAAAGAAUGACGUGCCAGCCAACGUGGAGCGCCUUUCUCUUCUCAUCGAGCACCUCAAAGAGCAGGAGAAGUCCUAUUUACAUUUCUUGCAGAAAAUGCUUGCUCAGGAGAAUGAUGGCGAUGUUGGACUGGACUCUGCUAUUGGCUUGAGUUCACUGGCAGAGAGCGCUUCUCUUAAUGUAGAGGUUCGACCUUUAGACACUUCAAACACAACAGCUGACAGGCCAGAAGCUGUGCGUGCUGACCAGAGAGAAGAAUUGGAGAAUCUGCGUAAGCAGCACGAGCUGUUGAAGAAGAUGCUGGAACAGCAAGAACAGCUCAGGGCCCUGCAGGGCCAACAAGAAGCCCUCAUGGCUAUGCAGCGCAGUGCAGAACAGGCACUCGCUGUGAUUGAAGACACCGUUGUCACAGAAACCACUGGCAGUGUUUCAGGCCUAAGCAUCACAUCAGAGCUGAAUGAUGAGUUAAAUGAUUUAAUCCAACGUUUUCACAACCAGCUACAUGAUUCUCAGACUAAAGCUGUGCCAGAUAAUCGUCGCCAGGCACAGAGUCUUUCCCUCUCCAGAGAAGUGGGCUGGUCUAGGACUCCCCAGGCUGUUGGUCCACCUCAACACCGGCCGGUCCUUCACUCUGCUUCUGGCCCGCACACUGACUUGGACCCUGGUGCAUCUACUGCCAGUGCCAAACUCACCAAGCUGCAAGAACUCCAAGACAAAAAGCAAACGAUGGACAAAAUUCUACAAGAGCUGCAUUCACUCAGAGACCAGACACUGAAUAAUAGUUCAUGUCGCAGCUUGUCAGUACAGUGCAGUUCAAGUAUAGAAGGAUCCUCAGAUUGUCCAUCUGCUCUCUGCUCUAACGGGGCAUUGGCUUCCACAUCUUUCCAACCUUUACUCACUCAACAACAGCAGGAGGAGGACCCCAGAUCCUCUGACAAGCUUAGGAAGCUAAAAGAGGUGCAUAAGCGUCUGAAUGAGCUGAGAGAACUGGUUCAGUACUAUGAGCAGACGUCUGACAUGAUGGUGGAUGCAGUCAAUGAGAAUGUGAAAGAGGAGGUUGACGAUGAUGAGGAAGACCAAACGGAGGAUGGAUCUAUGUUUGAAACCAUGUUUGACWCUGAGCAGGAGAGUCGUCAACCUAUAACCAACAUCAGAAACCCACCACGCAGCAGGAACUGGGCAGACCUGAACAGCCUGACCAAUGGGCUUGUUGUCAGGAGUAGCAGAACUAACAACCGUGACGGCAGACUCAACACAGAGUGUGAGAUCAACAACCGGACAGCAGCCAACCUCCGCAGCCUCAACAUCACCACGCCGAUAGAUUGUCAGUACAACAGAGACAUCCCUUAUGAUCAGGUAAAGGAUGAAGAUGAGGAUGAAGAUUGUAUUGGUAACAACGAAGGAGCACGGGCUGUGGUUCCGGACAGUGCAUCGGAGUCCAGUCAGCGGAGCAGUUUUGGUAAUGAUGCCGAUUUUGCUCCAAAGAGUCGUCGGCAGACAGCGAAGCAGAAACUCUGGCAGCUACAGGAGCUGGUGGCCAUGGUUCAGAGUGACGACACAGAUGGAACAACAGCAAACGAGGAUGAAGUUUUACACCAGCAGCCAAACAACACCAGAGCUCCUACAUCUGGUGCGUUGGGAACUGGGUCUAAACAGAGUCCCAGAGAUCUCGCCCUCUCCAGCAAGGCCAGGGAGAAGCUGUACGAGGAAAAACUGCAUCAGCAGAAGCAGGAGCUCAAGCAGCUCCACCAAGAACGUCAGAGACUCAUGGACAUCCAAGGCAAGAUCCAGGACUUGCAGUGGGCUUGUCCUGAUCUUCAGUCAUCUGUGCCCAGCACAGUUAGUCAGAAGGGUUUGCUGAGAAAGGUUUCAGUUGCAGUUUCCAGUCCAGCUACUGUCCAGCCUUCUUCAUCCUCUGGACCCAAAACCAACUUAGCYGUCCUAAAACCAACUGCCCCAGAGGCGGCCUCUUCUUCUGUCCCUGAUAAUGAGCAGCUUUGGUCAGAGAUGCGUCGGCGACAGAUUUUGCGAGAGGAUCUGAGACAGCGCAGAAAGCACCUGGAGUUAUUGAUGGCUGAGCACCAGAGACAGAGCGGUCUCUUCGACUCGCCCUGUCAGGUUGAAGACCAAGACGAGACUGCUGCAAACUCCCAGCCUGUCAACAGAGAUGAGAGAACAAUGGCCACCUGGGGUUCCAGUUCAGGCCAUCUUGAUGAUGACGAUGAAAAUGAGGAAGAGGAUGAGUAUCGCUCAGAAAUAUGUGCAGAGGAGGAUGAGGAUCAGGAAGAGUGUACAGAAAGCAGCUCUGAUGAUGACAUUCAUGUCUUCUCACCGAGCAUGAACCAGUGCUCCUACAGCGACAGGAAGAAUCAAGGAAGCAAUCUGAAGCCUCCAGCAGCCUUCUCAGGUGAGGAUGAUGGGCAUCUUCAUAACAAGACCAAGAUGAAGCAGCAGUCCAGAAGUUUGAAUCAGUCUGCCAGCCAGACCGGAGGUAUACGUCGACAAGAGAACCUGUGCUGGCCCUUUGAGUUCUCUUCUGUUGACGGCACACAUCACUGGCAGGAGCAGAUCAACCAGCUACAGAGACAGCUGGACUUCAGUACCAGCAUGUGUCAGACACUCCUGCAGGAUCAGCAGACUCUAUCAUACAUGUUGCAGACUCUGCUGACUGGCCAGUACAGCGUUUUACCCAACAACCUGUCGUCACCACAAGUCCAGCUGGUCAUGCACCAGCUCAACCAGUGCUAUACUCAGCUGACUUGGCAGCAGAACAAUGUGCAAAGACUAAAGCAGGUCCUGAACGACCUCGUUAGCCAGCAGCAACAGUCGUCAGCAGUCGGUUGGCAGACACAGAAGCAGGGCUCAGGACAGGACUCCAGCCCCGGCCCCUCAGCUUCCCCUGGACUCUUUCACCCCUUCUCCUCUACUUUGCAUCAUUCAGCUAUAAACACAACAAAUACUUCAUCACCUCCAUUCCCUCCUGGCUUUAACUUGUAUCCAUCAUUUCCUGCUGGCAUGAGUGAAUUUCCUCAAGGUGCAGUCGGCCCAGCUACUCCUGAGCAUCAGAAGCUUCAGCUGGAUCCCACCGCCUCAGUUAAAUCAGACUACAUGAUUUUCCCUCCACCACUGCAGCGCUCUCCUCUUAACACUUCAGCUGAAAGACGGUAUGGAAAAGAAAGGGGACCGGCUGCCCAACUUAACACAUCCUACAUGAAGAAUAUAACACGGCAUCACACAUCUAAAACUGAACUUCAAGAGUCUCCCUCUUCCUCCCCCACUUUUGCCAAACUUCACUCAAGACUGCGAGAGUUCGACAAGGAGUCACAGGAAAGCUUCAGCAGCAUCCCUGACCCUGUGGAUCCAACUACGAUCACGAAGGCUUUUAAGAUGGGAAGGAAGGCCUCUGCACAAGCCAACCUGGCCUCACGGAGCAAAACGCCCAAGAACAGACGCAGGAGGAACAAAGGGCACAGCAAGAACAGUGAAGGUCAUGAGAGUGACAGUGUCAGCAGCACUGCAGACUUUAUCCAGCAGAGGGCGGCAUCGUCUCAUCACAGAGAUCAGAAUCAGAGACUGCUGGACAAACUGACUCAAGAAAAACUGGACAGCAAGGCCAAGCUCGGGAACAAAAGAAAUGACCUCUCCUCUGCUUAUGCUUGGAGAACACCCUUCCUCUCUAACAGAAUUGCAUGCACAGAAGCACCAGAUGCAAGCAGUGACUUCUCACUCUUCGAAGCUCUGAGGGAGACCAUUUACUCUGAGGUGGCGACUUUGAUUUCCCAGAAUGAGUCGAGGCCCCACUUCCUCAUCGAGCUCUUCCACGAGCUGCAGCUCCUCAAYACGGACUAUUUACGUCAGCGAGCUUUGUUUUGCCUGCAGGACUUGGUGACUAAGCACCUGGCAGUGAAGAGUGCAGCAGAGGACCAGUUGCCCCMUCUUGGCCCUGCUGUGUGGACAGCAGGCUCUCAGUCUGAGCUGACACCCAGCCAGAGUCUGAUCACCAGCGAUGAAGAGGUGGUGGAGAAGAACUUGAGGCACGCGCAGGGCUUAAAGAGGAAGGAUGAUGCCGAUUCGGUGGAUAAUGACAGUAACAUGUCAACUUYCUCCAACCUGGAACCUUUUGCCAAUGAUGAUCUGGGCAACACGGUGAUUCAUUUAGACAAAGCUCUGGCGAGGAUUAGGGAGUAUGAGCGCAUGAAGCUUAAAGCUGAGUUUAACCUCUGCAACAGCAGCGCUGCAGGUGUGAACAGUUCUGACGUUUCAAACGCUGAGCGUGCUUCUGCUAACCCCGCUGAACCAGAGGAAGGAGCCACAGCUGSAGAUGUGCACUGCCCUCAGAUUGACACCCAACAGUUAGAUCGUCAGAUCAAAGCCAUCAUGACAGAAGUCAUUCCCUUUCUGAAGGAGAACAUGAAUGAGGUGUGUUCACAUCAGCUGCUGACAUCUGUGCGGCACAUGGUGCUUACUCUGACCCARCGAAAUGAUGAGGGCAAAGAGUUUGUCCGCUUUUUCCACAARCAGCUGGGAGGUAUUCUGCAGGAAUCUCUCAGUAAAUUUGCAGGCCGCACGUUGAAGGACUGCGGGGAGGACCUGCUGGUAGAGAUUUCAGAGAUCCUUUUCAACGAACUGGCCUUCUUUAAGCUCAUGCAGGAUUUGGACAGCAGCAGCACCGCUCUGACUGCAAAACACAAAAAUAAGAAAAUGGAUGAAAAAUCCAAUAAAACAAAAAAUUUUCUUGAUGAGACUGCAGAUGUAGGUGCUGAUAAGCCCGUUUCUUCAGCGUACGCUGAUGAAGAUAAGGACCAAGAUGAGGCGGAGAAGGAAGGAGACUCUUCCCUCCAGCAGCACUACCUGCAGGCAGGUCUGAAGAGCAACAAGAGCAGUGAAGCUGAGGAGGAGGAGGAGGAAGACGAAGGGCACAGACAGGGAGUGCAUUUGUCUAUCAAUCUGUCCAAAGCAGAGACUCAGGCUCUGACGAACUACGGCAGCGGUGAGGAUGAGAACGAGGAGGAGGAAAUCGAAGAGUUUGAAGCCGGACCUGUAGACGUCCAAACAUCCUUGCAGGUGUCUGCUGAUGGACAAGUAGAGCAGGAGCUCAGCACCACGGGCACAACCAGCUGUGAAACUCAGGAGGUAAAACCUGAACAGAACUCCUCUGAGAACAACAAUGAAUUUGUUUUUAAUUGUCUUGCAGAAGUCAACACAUCAGCUCAGAAUCUGGAUUCCACAGUGGAGGAACACACAGAUGUGGAGAACCAGAUUCCUGAGGAGGAGAGUAAAGUUGGGGCUGCUGCUCCCUCAGAGGGAGAAUCUGUCRUUUAUCCAGGUCAGGAUGUCCCCAAGGACUCAACAGACACUGGUAGUCCCAACACAGACUCACCUGUCCUUGUCAAUGUGGAUGAGAUGGGGUCAGGUAACACGAGCCAAAAGUCGGACGAGGACGACUUUGUCAAGGUGGAUGACUUGCCGCUGCAGCUUACAGUCAUGUGCGAGGAGGAGCUCCAGAAGAGAAUAGUGGAGGAGCAGCAGAAUAAUAACCUCUCUGUGGAGAUCCUUAAUGGGAACACUGAACUGGUGACUGGGCUGGUGGGAAGUGCUCAGGCACUGAAGGAACCAGAAACCAACAGCUCUGAGAACAUUUAAAGAAUGAUGCAGAGAUGUUUCAAACUACUGUUUUAGUAAGAUUUACUCGCUUUGUUUGUUUUAGUUUUAAAAUAGUUUAUUCCUGUUCUGUUGACUCAUAGGAGCAAAGUUACACAAUGGUCACAUGGAUGUCAACAUUUAAAGUUCAUUUUUAUUCAUUAAUGUUUAAUGUGAUUUCCUGAUGUCAUCUCCUGCUGCUGAUCAACAGAUAAGUCUUUGUUUGAAAUAUGUGGAGAACUAAAUCCCUCCAUUUAAUCUGCCUUUGUUAGUUCUUAGUUGUAGGAUUAGUUCAACGUAAUCAUUUUUUUUCUUUAAAUAUUUUGUCUUUGCCUGGCCUCCAUUGUUGUUCAUCUUUCUCCAUUUGGAUUUAUAAUUAUAAAGAGCUUASAGAAAGAUGAAUGUUCAGCCAAGAGGACAGAAGAGCUACGGUUCCUGUAAAUAUGUAGAGAAAAGGUCUAAUAGGACUGUUCUUAGCUGCUUCUGAAAKCGGGUAGUUUUUCUUUAAAACAAAAAAAAAAAUCCUUAUUCUCAGUUUUGAAUUGUAUUCUUUUCUGCUUUUGUCUUAUUAUAAUAAAACCAAAUGAUUUGAGACAAA